AUGAGUGCAUUGUCGGAGAUUGAAUCGCAUGAUGGGCUACCCUUUUAUAAGGAUAAGUUGCCAUCAUUCAAGGACGAAGAGAAGCUUGUAGCACCAUCAAUAGAGGAGGUUGAUAAUGAUCCAGAACUGUUGAGAAACCUACGAGGCCACGGAAGGUAUUUUGCUGUUGAUGACAACGAGGAUGGGAUCAGAGAGGAGGAGCCGAAGUGCAAGAACUGUUCUCAGAGAGGUCAUAUAAAGAAGAACUGCCCACAUGUGAUAUGUUCUUAUUGUGGGUCGAUGGACGAUCACUAUUCACAGCACUGUCCCCGGACUAUGCGGUGUUCGCAUUGUAAUGAAAGUGGGCACUACAGGCAGCACUGUCCUCAGAAAUGGAAACGGAUCUUUUGCACUCUAUGCAACAGUAAGAAACACUCCAGAGACCGGUGUCCCAGCAUAUGGAGGAGCUACUGCUUGCUAGGCUCCUCCCAGAAGAGAGUCCUACCCAGCCACAAGAUAUACUGUUACAACUGUGCGGGCAAGGGCCAUUUUGGCGAUGACUGCCCAAUCGAACGCUCGUCGCGUGUGCCUAACGAUGACGGCAGCGCAUUCUCUGGUGACAACUUAGCCAGCGAGCUGAGACGAGAAUACUUUUCCUAUCUGUCGAAGCUGAAGAGAGAAAGCAGAGCGUCCUACGGCUAUGUGCAGCCGCAGUCGCAGAAUGGACCCUUUGGGCAUCGACCCGCUAGGGAGACCCGCGACGACCAAGACGACUACGACUACGAGGGGGAACGAGAGGAAGAAGACAAGUACGCCAUCAACUACGAUGAUUAUGAGGUGGAAGAAGUCCACUACAACCCCAAAAACAAGAACAAUAAAAAAAGCAGAUGGCAGGAUGGCAACAGCAACGGAUAUUCCCGAUACAAUUCGACAGCCACGACACCCCAAAGCAACAAGAAUAGCCUUCCCACCCCAGCAUCAAAGGGUAAGCUUCUACAACCACCCAAAAAAAGAAGAAAGCAUCCGUUGGACUUCCCCCGAGGAGGAGGAGGAACCGCCAAUACCUCGCGCUACAACCAAAACAUAAAUACAUCUCGAUACGCUCCGCCAGCCCCGUACCAGAACGACCUGCCACACAGAAACUACAACUCAUACCAGCCAUUCCGCAGCGGCACCCUUUCGAGAAGACGUUAA